AUGGCGUUUGCUGGGACAAAUGUUAGUUUGUCCCAGCCGGAUAUAAUGCAAAAACUGACGGAGCGCAUAGACGACCUGAAGCAAAGUAUCGCUGCUUGGGGAAAGCGGAUUCGGCGAUAUACCGAGAGGUCGACACGGUUCAACCAGAAUCGUCUCUUCCAGAGUGAUCAGAAGAGGCUCUAUAAAUUAUUGGAGCGACCAAUAGUAAGUGGAACGGGCCCAGCACCAAAUCAGGCCGACACGGUCGCAUUCUGGCGCAGCCUGUGGUCAGAGCCUGUAAACCACAACGAGGGCCCUUGGACGGAAGUUGUGGCGAGUCAGUGUGCGGGUAUUACGCCCAUGGACCCCGUUAUCAUAACGCCGGAUGACGUAGCUGAGGCGGUCCGUAGGGCCCCGAACUGGCUUGACGGGCUGCAUCACUACUGGCUGAUGGGGUUCAUGAUAGGUAUCACAGACAACGAAGAACCAGAGACAGAAAGUUUAGAUUUAAAUGCUGAAAACCACACAACAAAUGAAAAUGAAAAUUUACAUAGGGAAAAGAUAAUUGCCAUAGAUGAAAUUUUUGCUAAAGCUUUAGAAUAUUUUGCUAAUACAAACCCAACAGAAAGACAAUUUAUACCAAAGCAGAGGUCAUCAAAAAAAAUUGAGUAA